CUAUAAUAGCGAUCCUGCGUCUGUGCCGCGGUCGUCACCACCUGGAGCGCUCUUUCUACAGCUGCUGUCGCGAUACACACUCGCAUGGAUAUCUACUGAUUUCCUUUUGUUUGUUUCGGUUCUCGGAGGCUGGAAAUCCACGCUGGUUUGGUGAUUUCUGGAUUUUAGAGAUGGACGCACUUCCGGAUCGUGAGCGCUGUGAGGUGGCGGACCGAGCCGGACCGGAUGGCGCUGAGAGCCGCGAGCUGAACGGAGCAAAGCGGCAGCGCGUCGUCUGGAGAAACGUUAUUCUCAUGGGUCUGCUUCAUACCGGCGCACUUUACUCCCUGCUCCUCAUCCCCAAAGCGCACCCCUUCACCUGGAUCUGGUCCUAUAUAUGUUUCAUGAUCACAGCCCUUGGGGUUACAGCUGGAGCCCAUCGCUUAUGGAGUCACAGGUCUUACAAAGCCAAAUUGCCUCUAAGGAUCUUCCUGGCUGCCGCCAACUCCAUGGCCUUCCAGAACGAUAUCUUUGAAUGGUCCAGAGAUCACAGGGCCCAUCACAAAUACUCGGAGACAGACGCCGACCCUCACAAUGCAAAGCGAGGCUUCUUCUUCGCACAUAUAGGCUGGCUGUUUGUGCAUAAACACAAGGACGUGAUUGAGAAGGGCAAACGGCUGGACCUCAGUGAUCUGCUAUCUGACCCUGUUGUUGUGUUCCAGAGGAAACAUUACAAAAUCUCAGUGCUGGUGAUGUGCUUCCUCCUGCCUACUCUGGUACCAUGGUACUUCUGGGGUGAAAGCAUGUGGAACUCAUACUUCCUGGCCUCUAUCUUACGCUACACCAUUGCUCUCAAUAUCACCUGGUUAGUCAACAGCGCUGCACAUAUGUACGGCAACCGGCCCUACAACAAGAAUAUCAACCCUCGAGAAAACCGCUUUGUCACCUUUGGAACUAUUGGGGAAGGUUUCCACAACUUCCAUCACACGUUUCCUUUUGACUACGCAGCCAGUGAAUUUGGCUUUCGCUUCAACCCCACCACGUGCUUCAUCGAUCUCAUGUGCUGGCUCGGCCUCGCCAGCAACCGGAAGAGAGCCACGCCAGAGAUGAUCAUGGCUCGGAAGCUAAGGACAGGUGAUGGGAGCACUUGAAAACCAAACGCAGCAUAGAGCUCUCAGCACCGCUUAUAUAUCAGCAAUGUAAAAGUGGAGUGUCGUGUUCUUUCUUUAAAACAUUUACUUCUAAUCUGUCACAGAGCAGUUAAUUAUAAACAAGAUAACCAUUGUGAUGGCUUAGAUUUAGCUGGAACCUGCUGACAUUUUUGGCUGUUUCAUAGGAGAGUAGAUGUUAAUGUUAAUGUGAAUCUUUUUGUUUGCAUAUCUUUCAGAAUUUAUUGGUGAAUAGUGUUUGUUUUUUCUUAGUUAGGCAAUCCAUGUAACUUAAGCAUUAUCCAAUGCAUCCACAUAUUUUGUAGCACACUUAAGGUAGGGUGAAUUUAUGCUAUGUUUACCUUUGCCCAAUAUUACCCUAUAAAGUGAUAUCCAUGCACAGGCUUUGCCUUAAAUUUGCUGCUUUUUGUAAUUUUACCAAAAACAGGCACUUUAAUGGUCCAAGUUGUUCAUGCUUUUCAUGAACACAAGGCCUAAUUGAUCCAAAUCAUAAUGAGUAAAUUUGCACUAUUUGAGCACACAUUCAUGCUAGAAGGAUUGCUGCUCAUGUUAUCAAAUAUUAGCUAUCAGGUGCAAGAUAAUGUGGCAGAAGAUCACUAAAAAGAAAAAAAACUGAUGUGAAACCAACUGUCAAUUUUCUCCUGUUGCUAAUAUUAAAAUACAUAUUAUAGAAAAUUUUACACAGAUUUUGUGGGAAUGCAUGGAAAAUGUCUAUUUUAUUGUCUCCCAUUUUAAAAUCUGGAUUGUACAUGUUUGUUACAUUAAUGCCCUGGGUUAUAUAAUGUAUAGCCUAUUUUUAGAUUACUAUUGCAUAGAACACUACAAAAAGUGUCACAUGAGUAGAAAUGAUUUGCAUUCAUUCACAUCAGUUGAAAUGAAGGAUUUUAUAGAGUAGCAAAUUAUAGAUUUCCUUCAUACAUAAGAGUUUUUCAUGUGUAGAUGCCCAUAAGUGCAUUAAUGUGUGGCUGUGUAACUUUUUGCUCUGUGUACAUCAAUGCAUGUAACUAAUUUUGUCUGUAACAUGCUAUAAGAAUGAAGUUACUUUUAGAUUCCUGGCAAACCGACUUUUUCUUGCAGGUAUUUUUGCAAUAUUUUCAUGACAGUGAUGUUAAAAUAUAUUAUUUACUGACUGGGCUUAGAGCUAGUCUUCCAGACAAUGAAUAAAAAAUAAUAAGUGAUAAUCUGAGUCAUAGAAAUAGCAUUACACUUUUAAUGCUGCUUACAGAGAUUGACUUUUAAGCCAUGUUCUGAAUACACAUUUAUGAUUUUAUUGUUUUAGUAAUGCAUAUGGAAUGAUUUGGUGGGGUAUAAUUGAGAGAGAGAGAGUGAGAGAGAGAUAUCAUUUAGUUAAUAUGUUCUUCGCACUAACAUUAGCAAACAAAUUUACAUAUGUUUUACAUAGCUUAAAGAAGUUAAAGGAAAAGUUUUCCGUGAAACACAUUAAAUGUGUGUAUAAAAUUA